GUCGAACGACCGCAUACUUCCAGCAGAGGGACACACAAAGAACAUUAAACAAACCCUCAUGGAGCUUAAAUCAUCGUUUUGCCGUUCCACUUACAGACACAUAGACAAAAGCACAACCAUCAUGUCGAUGUCAAUGGCACAGGUGAGGGCAACUCUUCAAGAGGUGAUGCAAUACGCGGAGGAGGGCAUCCACUAUGAUGAUGACGGGGAGCUUGAACUACUCACGGAGAGAGUGUCGAGUUACUUCGAUGUCAGAGUGAACAUCCGUGCAAGCAUCGCUGCGAACGGAGAGGAGUCGCUCAGAGCACGGAUGCUAUUGGCACGGUUCACUGAGGCGCAUGAUUUGCGUGUAGACAACAGUGCAUACAGUUUGAGAAAAGUGGUUGGUUGGAUGUGCACAGAAGGGAUGUCUCAUGAAGGGGACGUGGAUAUGACAAAGCAGCAGAAGGGGGGCAAUCGGUCGAGAGGUAUGGCUGCAGAGGCUGGAAAGAGGCCCGAGAGGGUGGACGAGGAACACUUGUUCCCGUUCACAUGGAAAUCAAGAAGACACGCCAUAGCGAUAAUGAAACGGUACAUAUUGCGAUUGGGUGCGAUGCAGUGGCUGAACGACGCCGUAAUCGAUAUGUACUUACAUUCCGUCUUUGAAGAACAUUUCCCUGCACAAGACAACACGACAGUUCAUGUUUGCACAACUUCCUGGCAUCCCACAGUCAUCGUCAAUCAGAAGGUUUAUGUCGCGAAAGCAGGAUGGCAGGAGCGGAUCAAGAGUAGACCUGCAAAGCUGCGCCGAAUAAGCAAUGAACUGCGAACGACAGUUGUUGUUCUCAUCCCUGUGAAUCACAAAACUCAUUGGAAAUUGCUCUUGUUACUGAAUGUCGGUCGGUUUUUGGCAGUCACGGAGGACAAUGAUGGCCAGAAACGACCUGUUGCAAUCGUCAUGGAUUCCUUUCAACAGAGCGGCCGACAAUAAUGAAAGGCGUUGCGCACAUUUUUGUGAUAUGAAUACCUCAAUGAGGCAAACAAAGCAGGGGUGUUGACUCCCGAGACCGUGGACACGUCGUGGGUGACAUGCAGAGAUCUACUUGGAUCUAACAUAGUAUAUGCGGAAUGUUCGCAACAGACCAAUACGUCGGACUGUGGUAUUUACGUUUAUUGUGUGGCAACUGAAUUGAUGCGAAAGCUAGCAAACGUGACUAAGGGAACGAAGAUAACCGUAAAAUACAUAACAAAAGUUGUUAGCGCGA